AGCCGUUUUAUGCGCUUCAUGCUUGAAAGCUCAACCGAAGUUGUAGGAGCGGUGAUCUAUGAUCAUUGGUUGGGCAUGACAUGUCCAGAGACCUACAUCCAUUGUGCGGACAAGUCAUGUCAAUAUUCUGCUAGCAUGAUGAUGGAUGAGGCAUACAUUCCGGAUUUGAUCCAGAAUCUUGUAAUGGAGGCUGCUGCUGUUUGACUAAGUCAUGGUGCAGUGGCGAGCAUUUGUGUUGAUCUGCUCAUUGAUUGCUUUGGCAAGCUUCUGGACGACGUCCAAGUCUUCACUGGGCAUCGAAGAUGUCAAGGACGGAAACCAGGACCAGGGUCAGGGAGCUCAACUGAAACUUCCCGUGCCGGAGCCACCAGAGCCUCUUCCGCCUCCGCGCCCCGUGCCUCCCGCACCUGCCGUGCCAGCCACGCCGGCCGCGCUGGCCGAGCCGCCACCGCCUCCACCGACAGAUUCCACCCGAGCACCGAGCGCCGGACCGCCGCGCCGAGCCAUUGCUUCGCGCUGCACGGACGCGUCGCUGCGGCACUGUGCCUCACCACGGUGCAAACAGGCCUACUCAGCAGUGAUUGGAGGGGCUGGCACCAGUUGCCCAGGAGAGGAGUCCUGGGUAGAGGGCUUGGUCAAAGUGGACCCAAGCCCGGACAAGGUCAUCAUGAACGUUGGCUGUAACAAAGGCCAUGAUUCAGUGUCCUGGCUAGAGCACUUUGAUCAACAUGGAUUUUGGAGUUUGGCCAAGUGGACGCAGCUCUUGUCGGCCUUCAAAGCCGUGUGCAAAAUCGAUACGCAUUUGCAGAAGGCGCCGAAGGUGAAUUCGAAGGCGACACCUACAGCCAUUUGCGUGGAGGCCAUGCCAGUGAACGUUGAGCUCUUGAAGGAGAUGCGGAAGAAGGCAGGGUAUGAGUCCACGGCCUACGGGCAGUUCCAAAUCAUUCACGGCGCGGCAUCCGAUUCUGCGGCGCCCGGUGCCACCGUGGAAUUCCCGAAUGGCAAUGCUGGGAAGGAGAGUGGACGAAUGGUGCUCGAUGGCGCGAAAGUGAAAGGCAACACGGUCCAAGUGCCCUUGACCACCGUGGAUGCUUUGGUGCGUGACCUGAAGCUAUCAAAGGUGGACAUCCUCAUCAUCGACACGGAAGGUGCAGACCCUGCAGUGUUGAGGGGCGCGGCCAAGACCUUGGGCUCAGUGCGAUACUUGCUUUUUGAAGCGCAUCGAGAUAUCGAAGGUAGCCAUUGGGCGCGUGAGACCAUCUUCGACGUGGUGAGUGACCUUAACGGGCAUGGCUUUGAUUGCUAUUGGGCAGGACACAAUGGAAAGCUUUACAGCAUCACCUUUUGCUACUGAGACCCGGUCAUGGGUUGGAGGCUAUGAGAAGGCUUUUGAAAAGACACGCUGGAGCAAUAUUGCCUGCGUGAAGCGUGGCGAUGCUUGGUGGGACGUCUUGGAAUCGAAGGAUCCCAACAGCCGUCGCAGGAGCCCAAAAAAGCGCGGUAGAACAGGGAGCCAGUGAAGAGAGAUGAAGCAGCGAAGUGAAGAUAGAUGCCCAGAAGAUUCCAGGUCAUUGAUGCGCUUGGAAUUUGUUAUAGUUAUACGGUUGUACCAUGUUGUACCC